AUGUUCAAUGUAAGUAUUACAACCAUCAAUUCGUCGUUCUUCAGUCAAUACGGAAAUCUGGAAGAAAUAGAAAUCUACGAGUCUCCGUUUCUGAAUGAGUUCGAUGGAAAUUCGUUGCGUAAUCUCACCCAUCUACGUAAAUUUUCGAUAACGUGGUGCCGUAAACUCGAAGAGAUCUCUGAGGUGCUGCUGGAGAAGAAUCUGAAAAUCCAAUCAUUAAUUCUACGCGAUAAUGGUCUGAAGCGUAUGCCAAGCCUAGAAAUGACUGACGAGCAUAAAAUGGAUGUCGAAAUCGAUCUGUCGGGAAAUCAGAUUCAAUACAUCGGGGAUGGCCGGGUUCGAUCCGUUCGAGCGCGAAGCCUACGGCCUGAGUAA